CUCUCACGGGUCAUUGCGGAAAAGUGAUGGCAGCCAAAUUUCUUGGCGAGCCGACAAGAGUUGUCACUGGCAGUUACGAUCGCACUCUAAAAAUCUGGGACCUCCGCAGCAGAGCCUGUAUAGAGACGAAAUUUGCUGGUUCGAGUUGUAACGAUCUUGUCACGUCCGAUGGAUCAGGAUCGACAAUAAUCAGUGGCCACUUUGACAAGAGGAUACGAUUCUGGGAUUCCAGAGCCGAAUCCAGCUCCAAUGACAUACCUCUGCAAGGGAAAAUCACAUCCUUGGAUCUGUCACGUGAUGCAAAUUAUCUUCUUAGCUGUGUGAGGGAUGAUACGGUCAAGCUUCUCGAUCUUCGAAUGAAACAGAUUGUUGUCUCUUUUAGUGCCGAUGGCUUUAAAGUAGGUUGUGAUUGGGCACGAGCAACUUUUAGUCCUGAUGGUCAAUAUAUUGCUGUUGGCUCCUCCGAUGGUUCAGUUUACGUCUGGUCUGUUGCUACAAGUAAAAUUGAAACUGUGCUCAAAGAUCAUUCGGACGCUGUGUUUUUUUUUCGCAGAUCGGCAGUGACAGCAGUAUCUUGGCAUCCACAUGGCACAUUCUUGGCAUCGGUUGAUAGGGCGAAAAAAGCAACAAUUUGGGGUGAUCACGUUUGACAUGAAGAAUUAUCCUGAAAUGGACAAUUAUUUGCCCUGACUAAAAUCUCAAAAGUCCUUUUCAAGGUAUCAAUUUAUAAAAAAUAUGAACAAUGGUUCGUGGUUGCCUGUCGCAUGUUAAAAGACAAUAUUUUCAUCGCAACAUUUUGAAAUGAAAAAUCAAAAAAAAAAAUCGAUUUUUUUCAAUAUAAAAAAUAAAAAUCGAUCAUCAUUCUCAAAAAUAAGAUUUCAAACAAUUUGAAUAAGAUUCAAUUGAUUGUUAUAAUCAACGAUUAUUCUAUUUUUUUAAUCAAUGUAUAAAAAAUUGUAUAUGAGUUUUUUUUAAAUCUCUUAUAUAUAUAUAUAGAUACAUUUGAUAUUGAAGGAAGAGUGAGAAUCAAAUUUUUAUUAUUUCUUUUUUGUUUUCUUUUUCUUUAAAAGGAACUGAAAGUGCUAAAAUAUUCUUCGUGUUAAAAAAAAAAGAAAAUAGUUAACAUUUGUCACAAAAAAAAAAGAAAUGUCAUUUUAUAUAUAUAAAAAGAAAAAGAUGUUCUGCUUUUUAGCUGGAUACAACAUUUUCUACUUAUUUUUUUACGAUAAUCUUUUCCUUUUAUAUGUAUGUAUACGAUUGUAGAUACUUCUAUAAGGAACCCGAUAUUUCAUAAAGGUUAUUUCCAUGGCUCGUUGAAUCUUACAGUUUACAGAAACGUCAGUUCGCGUUGAAUUUAUUAUUCCUAAAUACAAUUCGAUGUAUUCAAUAUUCUUUAUACUUGAAUUUUAAACAAGUUCUUGAAAAGAUUAAAGAAAACAUUUUCUUUUUUUUUCUCUUUUUCUCUUUCUUACUUUUUUCUCUCUGUUACUCUCUUUCUUUCUCUCUCUCACUCUCACAUGAUGAUAAAACGCAAAACUUCUCGUUUAAUUAAAAUUCUUAUCAACUCCCGGUGUACGUUAAUUAUUAUUUAAAUAUAUUCAAUUUCGCGAGGCGAGUUGACGUUGCAUUUCAACACAUUGAAGGAAUUUUGAAAAUAUUUUAAUUGAAAUCGACCAUUAUAAUACGCUUAUAUGGUGAAAAUAUUAAUCAAUAUAUUAAUUGUAAGUUCCUAAAAUUUACAUCACAUCCGCAAGAGAUUUUUAGUUUUAGAAAUUAUAAUUUUUUUAAAUUAGUGGAAAUUGAGAUAAUUAUUUUUUCAAAAAAGUAAUGAAAAUUGAAAAUACUAAACUUAUGAUUAGAAAUAAAAAUUGUGGAAUUUAAUUCAAAUUUUCUCAUUUUUCACUGAAUCUUGAAUAUUUCUACUUUUAAGUUUUUAUUUUAAUUUUAUUUUUUAUUUAAUUUUUAAAGAUAUUAUUUACAAGUCCAUUUUUAAUUACAAUUAUAUAUAUAUAAAAAAUAUACGAGAUUAAUGAAGUAUUUAAUAAAAAAUUGUACAAAGAACUCGUAAUGCUAAUGUAAACUGCGUAUACAGAGCAAACAGAAAAUUUUGUAAAAAAAAACCACAACAAAAAAAAGUUUUUUUUAAAACAAAAUAGUUUGCCAUAAUCGCAAAAGUGGAUUUUGUACAAAAAAAACGCAUUUAUGCACAAAUUAUUAAAAAAAAGGUAGAAAAUGAUUUGUAAAAAUUAUUUUUAAUUUUUGUCAAAAAAAAGUUAAAACAAUUUUUUUUUUUUUUUAAUGUAUAUAUAUACAAUUUUUUCAGCUCUCACUAAGUCCGGUUACUUGUCUGAAAAUCUGUAUUUUAAUUAAGAAUUAAUGUAUACAAUGUCAGUAUAAAAUAUAUUUCAUGUUUUUUUUUC